AAAACACUCAGGUAGAUGAAAUUUGUUGAUAAUCAGUUGAUUUUUUUAAUCAUUCAAACAAUUUUAUCUUAAUUACGAGAUUUUUUUGGAAAGAAAGUAUAUAAGGAUAUACCUAAAUAAUUAAUUUGAAUUAAUAAAUUGGUUAUCACUGGAUUCGUACUGAAUUUGUUUUCUUGUGAUAGGAACAAAAUUUAGUGAAUCGACGUAAUGUUGAAAAUAUUCGUUUCCUUGUUACUUUCGAGCAGCGUCUUUGGCGAAACCAUAGAUAAACUACACCCGCUUUCCAUCGAAUUCAUCGACGCAAUAAACAGACAACAGAAUAUGUGGAAAGCGGGGAAAAAUUUCGACGAAAAUACCCCGAUGAGCGAAAUUAAAAAAUUAACGGGUAGUUUGAAAUCGAACAUCAAAUUACCUAUAAAACACCAUAAAACCGAUUCAGAUAUACCGGAUACGUUCUUCGCCUACGAUCAGUGGCCCCAAUGCGAAAACGUCAUUCGUACAAUAAGGGAUCAAGCAUCUUGCAGUUCUUCUUGGGCGGUAGCCGCAGCUUCCGCUAUGAGCGACAGGCGUUGUAUUAAAUCCAACGGGGAACUAACAGUACUAGUAUCAUCUGAGGAUUUAUUGGAGUGUUGCAGUAACUGCGGUCAAGGUUGCGACGGGGGUUACCCCUACAUGGCUUGGUUGUAUUGGCAGACCGACGGUAUAGUUACGGGGGGAAUUUACAAUACCACCGACGGAUGUAAAUCGUAUUCGAUGUGGCCGUGCGAACGUUACACACACGACGAUCUCAGACCGCCAUGUAACGAUUACAAUUUCACGACGCCGACGUGUAACAGACAAUGCGACAGUCCCGAUAAAGUAUACGCUAAUGAGUUGACUUACGGCGAUGGUUCUCCGUACAAUUUGACCACCGUCGAAGAUAUACAGAGAGAUAUUAUGCAACACGGUUCCGUCGAAGCUACCAUUAAAGUUUACGAAGAUUUUUUAUCGUAUCAAUUAGGUGUGUACAGUUAUACCAUGGGUGAUUUAGUUGGGGAACAGUCCAUAAGGAUAGUCGGAUGGGGUGUGGAAGACGACCUACCCUAUUGGAGAGCGGCAAAUUCAUGGAAUUACAAUUGGGGUUUAUACGGUUACGUCAAAAUCCUGAGGGGUACGAACGAAGUGGGUAUCGAGAGUGAAGUUAUCGCCGGUUUACCGAAAAUUUAAAUUUCAUCAACCAAUAAUAAAAAAAAAGAACAAAAUUUGAAAAAAAAAUUCAAAAAUGUAACGAACAUUUAAUAGUAGAAAAUAUACGAUGUUUCAUUUU